GUGAAUUUCAACGGCGCUGGCGCUCAUCAACGACCCUGCACAGCGGCCACCUCCAGCUACUUUUGCACUCUAGCUUCCGAAAUGCCAUCAUGGCAGACGAAUACGGCGCCGACGAUGACCUCAUAGCCGCUCUUGCCGCCACAGAACGCUCACACGCGGCUCGCUCGAGAGUGACACAACCAACGCCUCAGCGCAUUCAACAGCCCAAGCCGCAGCGUCUUGACAAUGCGCCGCCUCCAACGUCAGGAUCCAAGAUUGUGCAGCCAACACCCCAAGCUCUUCCACAACGUUUGGGUGGCUCUAACAUUCUGGUGUCGCCGCGGCAGCGUGGCAACCCCGUCCUAACAUCCAUCAAGACCACUACUUGGGAGUACAGUGACAUACCGGCCGAUUUCGUCCUCGGAACCACGACCUGUGCACUGUUCCUCAGCCUCAAGUAUCAUCGCCUUCAUCCCGAAUACGUCUACAAACGAAUUCGCGACCUGCAAGGCAAAUAUCUACUCCGAAUUCUUCUUACCAUGGUCGAUAUUCCCAAUCAUGAAGACUCGCUGAAGGAGCUAUCCAAGACAUCUGUCGUCAACAAUGUCACGAUCAUCGCUUGCUGGUCCGCUGCCGAAGCUGCGCGCUAUCUCGAGCUCUAUAAAGCGUACGAGCACGCCAACUUCGAAGCCAUUAAGGGCAAGCAGUCAUCGACGUACGCUGAAAAGUUGAUUGAUUUUGUCACCGUUCCACGAAGCUUGAACAAGUCGGAUGCUGUAUCGCUGGUUGCUAAUUUUGGCAGCUUGAAGAAUGCCAUCAACGCAGACGCGGAGCAGCUCAGCUCCUUGAGCGGCUGGGGUGGCGCCAAAGUCAAGCGAUGGACUUCGGCAGUGGAAGAACCAUUUAGGGCAGUCAAGGCGGCUAAGAGAAGGGCAAAACCGCGGGGCGAUACAUCAAUCCCCGUCUCAGCUGUCCCACUGCGAGAAAUGUAUGGCCCCACGCCGUCAAGCAGGUCUGGCGCAUCGACGCCCGCUACCGGGAGCCAUUCACAAGCUUCCAACACAGCACCGAAGAAGACUUUCCAAUUUGCCGCUGAACCGAGCGAUAGCGACUCCGAUGACGAUAAUCCCGGGGCGCAGGAACCCAAGGUGUCAAGUGAAAACCAACAAAAGCCUCCUUCUGAAGAGGUGUCUGAUGGGGUUGCAGCAGCUCUUGCGAGGCUGCGCCAGCCAUGACAAUUUUAUACAUUAAAGCAUUUUAUUUGGCGUUUAUUGGGCUACCGGCGUUCUUUGGAUAUGGCACGACCUGUGCUUAUACAGAUGAGCCAAAAUAUAAAUAUGGGUACUUGGUUGCCAUUCCAUUCGUGGUUAAUGUAGAAGCGAGUUUUCUAUUUAUAGGCCACAUAAAGGCAACGUUGAGAACGGAUAUCAAUAAAUAGAUGAUGGUAUUUCCAUAAAUAACUUCAAAUCCCGCUAGAACACUAUUAUUAUACAAACCAGGCAGCUUAGCCCUGUAGAACAAUAAACAAAGCUACUAAAACUCUCUGCUAGCACCAAUAUCGCAAACAUCAAACACUCCUUCUUCAGGGAUACCCUUUCUCACAAGUGCCUUCUUGAGCAAUUGUGGCGGCUCCAGAACCUCCUCCAUCGUCAGUGCCCAUGUGCCCCAAUGAAUGCCCAUGGCCUUUUCGCAUUUAGUGUCGACGAAAAUCUCGACAGAGUCGAAAGGAUUCGCAUGCAUUGCAGAGAAUGCGGCUCGGGGGUAAUACGCGCCAAUAGGGAUCAAGCCAAGAUCGAAGGGCCCGCGCAGAUCGCCUAUUUGUUUGAACUGUGGGCAUCUAGGAAGGGCUUCGAACUCGGGGCCGUAGUCGUCUACGUUGGCCUGGAUCUGAGGAACGGCACGAUAGCCUGUGUCUCCGCCAAACCAAACACUCUUCUCUCCAGACUUGACAGCCCAUGAGCACCAGAGCGUGGUAUCCUUGUCAAAUGGCGUUCGCGCCGACGUAUGCUGGCAGGGUAAACAAGAGAUAUGCGCCGUGAUGGUCUCCUCCUUCUCUGCGCCUUCGCCUUUAAUUGUUACUGUCAAAUCGGCAUCUUCCCACCAAUCAAGCUCGGUGACGUUGUUUAGGCCUGACUUGCGGAACCAGGUUUCCAAGCCGAGACCAACAAAGAAUUGUACCUUCGGGUGCUUCUUUUGGAUUUCAAGGAUCGACGUGUGGGAUAGAUGGUCGUAGUGGCUGUGGCUAAUGACUACAGCGUCAACGUAGGGAAUGUCGGCAAUAUCGCAAGGGCGUGGAGUGAAUCUCUUGGGGCCCAUGAAUGUGAAUGGGGAGCAUCUGUCUUCAAAGACAGGGUCAAACAACACUCGGAGGCCGGACGGGUAUUCGACGUAGUAGCAGGCGUGGCCAAGCCAUGUAGCGCGGAGCUUGUCGGAUGCUUUGCGACUAGGGAGCCAUUCGGGCUUAACGACAUUGACAGUCGGGGGAGAAGUAUCAGGCAAUUUUAGCUCGCCUGUCAAGAUCGGCCUAAAUGAAGAGGAUUAGCGCU